AGUCACCUUUGCCUGCAUCGUUUCGUUUUUCGCUGCCCCGUGCCGCUACCUCCGCUUUGUCGUCUACGCUUCUGUUGUCGUUCGUUACGCUCAGUCUCAGUCGUUUACGAUUUGUCCUUCUUUUUUGCGUUGUCUACGCUUCUUUUGUCGUUACGCUCUGUCGUUUAACGAUUUGUCCUCCUUUUUUCACGCGUUGUGUACGCUUUUGUCUUUCGCUCUAUGCGUCCUGAUUUCUUAAACGUUGUUUACGUUUUUAUUGUAACUACCAUGGUUGCUUCACUAGUUCUUCGUAGAGGUCGGUCCUCCUCUCGAAUCCCGAAGUGUCGGGUUAACAUUGCUGGAAGAGUAGCUUGGGCUUUACCCGCCUUGUUAGAGGUGGACAUUGGGCCUGACACUAAAGGCCUCUUCGAGUUGGUGGGGACUGGUGUCACUUCUGAGGAUGGGCAAGCCGAUUGGGAGGCGGCAGCCGGCCCCGCUUCUUAUGCGGCAACACCUGGUAUGGUGAAGUGCGUUUUUUGUCCGGACACUUUUUUUAAAAUAUCCCAUUGGGCCAUGCACGUACGCCGAGGAGGGUGUCGGCAAUUUGAUUUCCAUAACGUCGAGCAUGUUCAGCUUUUUGACGUGUGUGCCGCGCUCUGCCGAGGAAUGUUUGGAUCCAAUAUAGCUCGAAUGUCAGACGGUGAUGCAGCAUUCGAACGGCAGAUGAUCAACGACGUGAAUGGAUUGGUGCAUGAAACGAUUUCGCAGAAUCGUCUGGCUACGGAACUUGAUGUUCCGGAGCUGAACACUCCAGAGUUUGUGAAAAUGCAUGAACAUUUCCUUAAUGUCACUUCUGGGCGGGUGCGCCAGGCCAUGUUUAAGGCGGCUCGUGCCGUACGUUCCUGCAACCAGGCGGAGAUGAAAAAGUCCUUCGAAGACUUAAACAAGUUUGGCACGGCGUUCAAAACGUCGUGCAUUGGCUAUUGUAAUGCUUUGGCCGUGGCUCUUCCCAACGUGGGUCAGGGUAACGACCAUGACGACGACGACGGUCCGGGCCCCAGCUCGAAGCCAGUGCAGAAGCCAGUGCAGAAGCCAGUGCAGAAGCCAGUGCAGAAGCCAGUGCAGAAGCCAGUGCAGAAGCCAGUGCAGAAGCCAGUGCAGAAGCCAGUGCAGAAGCCAGUGCAGAAGCCAGUGCAGAAGCCAGUGCAGAAGCCAGCCGCAACCUCCACGCCCACCACCCGAAGCGUCAACAUCGACUCGGCUGACACUCCAGGCCCGUCAACUACCUACGGCCCCAGGUCUCACCCCUACACUCGGCGGCCCUCAUGCACCUCAGACAUGACCGAUCUUUCUCUUAAGAGUCUCGACUACACGUGUAUGGAUAUCAGUGUAGCAUCUUCAACCAACAACAAACGGCGGCACGAGGAGGACGACGAGGACGAGGAGGAGGAGCCCCGCGCCCGCACCCCCACCCCUCCACCGCGGAAGCGGCGUCCGCGCCGACGGGACCACGAUGACCCACCCCCGCCUGCUCCAACCCAUGCCAAGAGGGUGUCCAGGCGGCCCAAUUGGUAUGGGGUCGCCUAGGGUCGCCUCGCACUAACAUGAUUUGCGACAUGAAGCAAGCGAGAAACGUGAUAGUGAAAGGUUGCAUACCUGGAGGUUGCUUUUGGUAAAAUCAAAGCCUCAAAGAAAGAUCUACAUCUUCACAUAACCUUUGAUCCAGAGGCAGGUUACCUAUGAAAUUCUUUUGCUUGCGCUUAAGGGACCUCUUUUAUCUGUCUCUCUGAGUAUUCGGUCAAUGACACGUACUAGUUUGUUCGGCAAUGUCUGCGUUGACAACCAUCAAUGGUUCGGGUUUAGUGGCUGUGUUUUAAGACUGGCUUCGGUUCGUCAGUACCUGUUAAAUGCCUUUUUCAAAAGCCUUUUCUAGAAAGCACUUCUGAGAUUACCAGUAUCUCAUAGUUAAUAGUGACUUGGAGUCAAUGGAGAAUUCCAUAUCAAAGCUAACUGUACAUUAAUGAAAAUGAAUUUUCCUGUGAGGUUUUGGACCUUCUGUCAGAGGUCUGUUCAGGGAAUUGAUUUUCUUGGUAUCAAGGGACUUCUUAAAUCUGUAUUUUGGUCUCUGAGUAUUCUGCCAAUGAUACGUACACAGUUCUGGUGUU